UGAAAUUCCCCCGGACCCUUCCGGUCAUGCAAUGACCCUGCCACCGACUACAUGUCCCUCUUUGGUAAACUGUCAGACAUUUUUACCCGCCGGUCCCCUCGUCGACCCGUCCUCUCCCCGCAAAACACUCCCCAUCCUGUUCCACCAUCAGAUGCGACCUCCGAUCACAUACAGCGGACUGAGACGUCCGGCGCAUGGAAUGCCGGCUCGCCUUUAGAAUCUCACUCUCUACACACAUCAUUCGAAGGCACCUUCCCAUCUACUUCUGCUUCUAGCAAUGCCGAAGGACUUCGACAUAAUUGCGAACUCCGACCUGUACGUCCACAAUACCGUCAGACCGUUCCUCGAUCAGAAUCUGGGAUGCGUCGUCUGACUGGCGAGACAACACAUGCCAAGCUGCGCCGGACCCCCGAAAGCAAAGACGAGGCGAGGUUAUUCUUUUCUAGCAAACGGAAAGAUCCCGCUGGUGUUCCCGUGGUGCCAGGACAAGCGCGAAACAAUAAACCGAAGUCACCUUACGCACCCGUGGAUAGGAUUUCGAAAGCUCGAGACAGUGGCCCAGUCCGCGCCCAGGGGAAACAACGUCAUUCCCGUGAUGAUCAGGCAGAGAAUGCCGCAGGAUACCCAAGGUCCGAAAGGCCCAGCAAACGACGUCGUCAGGGAUCCCUAGAAGGAUAUCUUCGUGAAAAGCCCAGAAAUUUUCCCGACAACGAUGUUGCGGAGCACCCCGCACAGGAGGCGCACCGCAUCGCCGAUCACCCGUCACGUAUGUCUCCCACUUUGAGCCAAAAUGCCGGGAAGACAAAGAAACAGCGGAAUAACAGACGUGGAGAAGUAAAAGAGUACCGAAGCGUCGAAAAAUACAUCAAACUACCCCGAAUACAGCCUAGCCCAAAGCGUGGUGCCCCAAAGCCCUACGCCGGUGCAUCAUCAGACGAUGACCGCGAUGAACGCUUUACAGAAAAUGCCACUAAAGAAAGACGGAGAAUCAGCUCCCUUCUAUCUGAGAUGGACUCCGGACAUAAACCGGAACGACCGCUCAAGCCAGAGGUUCUCGAGAGCGUCGAAAUCAUAAACCCGAGGUCGCCGGUUCUUGCAAUGGACGCGAAAUGGAGCCCGACUCUUCCACAAAAAUCUUUUAAGACGGAUAUAGGAAGAAAUAUUACCGAAUCGAGGGAAAGCCCCGAUGAGCUUCAGGGCGCAGUAACGGUGCGGCCGCCAACUUUAAGUGAGGGCGCCAGAGCCGAGCUCGAGAGACAUAUAGCCACAACAGGCCGUCAGCCAUCAUCACAGGAUAUUCAACCGACCAUCUUCGAAUCUUCCCAGAGCAAGAAUAGGGGGAAGCGGAAAAACAAAAGAGCGCAACCCUCGGAGACUAUAUCAACUCAACAAUCAUUCGGGGCAGCCUUCGUUCGGUUUGGUCCCACUGAGCACCACGCAUCAUCGCUCUGCCAACCUCUCGAAAUUGAUGUCGAUAAGGUGAAGCACAUGAUCGCGUUGGCUCGCGCAGCGGAUCUGGUGGAUGGAUUUGAAGUGCCUCUUUCCAAGGUAAUAAGUAUCGUCAGGGGAGAUUCAACCAGCAAUAAGGUCAGGCUCAAUCUGAAUCUGCCGGCAGUCGGUCGAUUGAUCGACAUAGAUUUCGUGUCCAUGCCAGAAAAAGAAGGGUUUUGUUCUCUUUUGAGCAGCGUGACUUCCAUACAGGAAAGGCCUAGCGAAUGGAUGAACAAGGCAUUCAACAAAGCACAAAGGGAACACAAGCAAUUUCCAAAUGGCACCAAGCGGCCUUGCUCUGAGAGCGGGCCCGAGCACGUUCCUGACAAGCCAGCCCCUUCCACCAAACGGGUGAAACUCACGGACGCCCUGCGAGAUAAGAACGGAGUUGCCGUUGGGAGACAGCCGUCGACUUCGGAACGGGCGAACCCCUCCACCGAGCCAUCUCAGCCUGAAAAGAGCCCAGCUCGCGUGUCCAAGCGGGCCGCCGAACCAAGCGUGGAGAUUCCCGUGAAAAAAUUCGCGCCCAGCAUGUCGACAAGAGCAAUGUCACGUCGUCCGACUUCUGACCCGACCACGGUUGUAUGCGACGACAGCGACGACAGCGACGACGACCUUGCAGAGCAACCUGUGCCCGAGGUGCAUGCAAAGAAGUGGCAUAAGCCACUUGUCUAUCCACUCAUUGGGAAAAAGAAGGCCGAAGUGGAUGUGUACGAUCUCGAACGACUCCGGGAGAACGAAUUUUUGAAUGACAACCUCAUCGGGUUCUACAUCCGAUUUCUCCAGGAACAUCUGGAUCGGACCAACAAGGAGGUGGCGAAGAAGGUCUAUUUCUUCAAUUCAUUCUUUCAUGACACCCUGAUGAAGGUCCCCAGAGGCAAGCGAGGCAUUAAUUAUGAAGGGGUGCAAAAGUGGACGAGGACGGUUGACAUAUUCAGCCACGAUUAUGUUGUAGUGCCUAUCAACGAAAGUGCGCACUGGUAUGUCGCCAUCAUAUGCAACUUACCGAGCCUGCAGGGCAUCGCCGAGGAGAGCCCAACUCCUGGAGAACUGACCGAAGGCGAGAAAGAGCCUUCGGCUCCUCCAGACAGUCAGGUUCGGGAGAUAUUUGAAACACCAGAGCCUGAGACAACAUCACACAAGGAUGAUGAAGACGGAAAGGCAAUCGACUCAGAGUUCGCGAGAGAAGAACUGGCCAGGCAGUCGCUUGCUUCGAUGAGGUUAUUUGAUGAGUCCGCGAAAGAGAAAUCUAACGAGGGCUCUGGUGUAGACGAAGAGUGGCCUGAGGUCGAAGAGAAUCCAAUUAGCCCACCCAAAGGGCUGUCUACCGAGCGACUUGAUGCGAAGACGGCCUCUCAAUUGCCUGAGCCGUCUGCAAAGCCUCGCAAGCAAAAGAUCAAACGGGGUCCCAAGUACGAUGCCUUUCAGCCAAUUAUCCUUACGUUUGACUCGUUAAAUGUGUCUCGCUCUCCAACAAUAAGCUCCCUGCGUGAAUACCUCUGUAAGGAAGCGAAAUCAAAGAAAGGCAUCGAUAUCAACAAAAACUUGAUCAAGGGAAUGAGAGCUCAGGAUAUUCCGUUACAGCCCAAUUAUUCCGACUGUGGGCUGUAUCUUCUGGCGUACCUGGAAAAGUUUGUUCAGGACCCGGAUGUAUUUGUCAGGAAGAUUCUUCGGAGGGAAAUGGACCAAGUGAAUGACUGGCCUCCCCUGAGGUCAGGCCUACUCCGACACCGGCUCCGCAAAUUCCUGGAUGCGCUUUGGGAUGAGCAGGAACAGCUGAAGAGCCAGAAAAUGAGCGAUCACGAAACCAUGGCGGACAAGAAGCCAAUAUGCUACCUUCUAGGGGGUCCUACGUCGGCAAAUGUGAAGUAUGAACAGGAAUCGUCCGGGGCUAUGAAGUUAUCGGAGAACUUUGUUCCAGACUCUAAUCACGAGAGACACAUGGUAACCGGCGUGGAAGUCGAUCUGAACCGGGAAAAUCCUACACAGACCGAGCUAGUAGGGGAAAUGACAGGGUCACAGCCUCAUACUGCCGGUACUCUGAAGCAGUCGGCUGAGAGAGAUGUUGUCCUGGUCCCAGACAGUCAGCCAGAGAUCGCCUCGUCCAAUGCCAAUCCUCAGCCGUCCAAGUCACCCCGACGGGCUCCAGAAACAGAUUUACAACCCCGGAUCGUUAUUGAUAUAAAAGAUGUCGCGGAGGGCGAGGGUCCCGACACCGUGACUGUUGUGCCGGUGGAGACACAGGUCCGGGAGACGCCCCCAAGGUCGUCUGCGCCUGUGCGCGGUAGUGUUGAAAAAAGUCCUACCUAAGAGAGUGGAAUUCGCAGUGUCAUUCGACCUUCAUUCUUAUGUUCCUAUGUAUCAUUCUUUUGAUGUUUUGCAGUCCGUGCAAUCUGCACGCCGGCGUUCGGACACCGUGGGGUGGGUUGACAGUGUUACCGGUUGCAUUAGAUACCAAGCAUUGCGUGCGAUUAUGAUUCAGCGAGAAUUCGUGAGGUGGGGGGCUGGGGCUUAGUCUUGCGAAUGUAUAUACCAUUACUAUCAUAGAACCAAGACGAUCUAGCUAUCUU